UUUGUUAUAUUAUUAUCUAUAAUGCUACUUUGGAACCGUAGGGUUAUCGUGAAAAAUGUCGUUAGUUGUUAUUAAGUUGGUACUUGUACGUUUGUUCGUUUUUGCUUCGUAGACACGAUGGAUGAAUUUUGCGGUUCAGCUUUUUGGGAUUCAAGAGCUGUUUGGGAUACAGAUGAUCCUGAUUUGACAUUGUGUUUCGAAAAAACUAUUCUUGUCUGGGUUCCUUGUACAUUUCUUUGGAUUCUUUCGCCGCUGGAAAUUUACCAUAUUUGUCGUUCAAAAACAUCCCAUAUACCUUUUAGUUUUUAUAAUAUUGCGAAAUUGAUCGCAAUAAUCAUUUCGGCUGUUGUUGCCCUUACAGAUAUCGUACUCUACGUGAUUUUUCACUUCUCUCAUUCUCCAGUUGAUUUUUAUUCUCCUUUGGUGAAGUUUGUUACUUUGAUACUGUUUUUCGGAUUAACGUAUGCCAAUGUAAAAUUUGGUAGAAGGUCGUCGGCUGUAUUAUUUUUCUUCUCGUUACUGUUAGCGUUACUUGGCGCCCCUCAGUGUCGGACUGAAUUUCGACUAAAAUGGUUCAAGCAAGGACAAUUCGCAACGAUGCAAUUUUGUUCCUACGUAAUUUAUUACAUUUCCAUCGUGGUGGUGUUUGUUUUGAAUUGUUUUGCUGACUCAUACCCUCGAAUCCUACCUCGGCCGUUUGAUAAGAAUGAAUGUCCAAGAAACCAGUCUUCAUUUUUGUCGCAAAUUCUAUUCGCAUGGUUUGAGCCGCUGCUUUGGAAAGGAUACAGAAAAUCGUUGGAUGAUGAAGAUCUGUGGAAUUUAGAUCCUUCAAUUUCAACAGCCUGCGUCGUGCCAAAAUUUGAAAAACAGUUGAAGAAAUCUUUAAGAAAAGUCAAAAAAAAUGCCGAUUUCAGUAUAAAAGCUAAACGUAAAAGUGGUCGAUGCAGUUUCGAUGGGCUCCAAUAUAAAAUCAAAAAUGAACCCGCGUCAGUUGUACCUGCGUUAUGCCGAACUUUUGGUAGCACUUUUUUAAAAGGGACUCUGUUGAAAAUUUUCCUGGACAUUUUCGUCUUCGUUAAUCCCCAGAUAUUAAGCUUAUUGAUCGAUUUUGUGGGCAGCGAGGAACCCAUGUGGAAAGGAUACCUAUACGUAGCAUCACUUUUUUUAGCUGCUGUAAUUCAAACCCUGUUGUCUGCACAAUAUCAAGACAUAAUGUACACGAUCGGAAUUAAAAUACGAACUUGCCUAAUUUCAGUUAUUUACAAAAAGGCAUUACACAUAUCAAAUGUCGCUCGAAGAGAUUUCACUACUGGAGAAAUAGUGAACUUGAUGUCGGUAGAUGCCAAUCGAUUUGUCGAACUACCAUCCUACUCGUAUUUAUUCAUUUCGACUCCAUUACAAACGGUGCUGGCGCUGUAUUUUUUAUGGCAAAUUUUGGGUCCCAGCGUAUUAGCGAGUUUAGUCGUUGUGAUAAUUUCGAUCCUUAUCAACAGCUACAUAGGAUCUCAGAAAAAGUUAUUGCAAUCUGAGCAAAUGAAGAAAAAAGAUAGCAGAAUUAAAUUAAUGAAUCAGAUACUCAAUGGAAUCAAAAUGUUGAAGUUAUACGCAUGGGAACCCAGUUUUGAAGAACAAGUCUCAUCAAUUCGAAAUGAUGAAAUGAAGAUAUUGAAGAAACAAGCAUACUUGACUGGCAUAUCAACAUUUACUUGGGAUACUACUUCCUUUUUGGUAUAUGUUGUCUCUUUUGCUGUAUAUGUGUUAUCAGAUGAAAAAAAUGUACUGGAUGCUAGAGUUGUUUUUGUAUCUUUGGCAUUGUUUAGUAUUUUGAAAAUGCCACUUUUCUCUAUAUCAUCCAUGAUAUCCAAUUUGGUGCAGAGCAAUGUUUCAGUCAAACGAAUCGAUAAAUUUUUAAAUUGCGAAGAAUUAAGCUCCGAUGAUGUUACACAUGAUGACAGACCUGAAGUUCUGGUUAUGGAACAUGGGGCCUUUUCAUGGGCAGGAAGUGAAGCAUUACCUAUUUUGCGUGACAUCAAUGUGAAAAUUAAUGCAGGAGAUCUGGUAGCUGUUGUCGGACCAAUUGGGUCUGGUAAAAGUUCGUUACUUUCUGCGUUCCUUGGUGAAAUGUAUAAAUUAUCCGGUGUUGUAAAUACAAAAGGUACUAUAGCAUAUGUUCCACAAGAAGCUUGGAUCCUGAAUAGCACUGUGAAAGAUAACAUCACUUUUGGUGAAACUGUCAAAGGCCAGUUAUAUGACAAGGUUCUGGAAGCUUGUGCUUUGAAACCAGAUUUGAAAACAUUUUCUGGUGGUGAUUUAACAGAAAUUGGAGUCAAGGGAAUAAAUUUAAGCGGAGGUCAAAAGCAAAGACUCAGCUUGGCCAGAGCGGUGCAUUAUGGAGCUGAUGUGUAUCUUUUAGAUGAUCCUUUGAGUGCAGUAGAUUCACAAGUUGGUAAACAUGUAUUUGAACGAGUGAUUGGACCGAAUGGGUUGCUGAAAAAUAAGACUCGCGUCAUGGUGACUCAUGGCGUCACACAUUUGUCUAAAGUGGACUUCAUCAUUGUUAUUAAAGAUGGCACUAUUUCUGAAUGUGGCACGUUCCAGGAAUUACUCGACAGUAAAGGGGAUUUCUCUGAAUUUUUGAUUACUUAUUUAGAAGAGAAUUUGGAAUCUGAUGAAGAAGAGUUGGGUGAAUUGAAAGAUAUUUUGGUCAAGAAAAAAGAAACCUAUGAUAAUUAUAUUAGGCAGAUGUCAAUUGACUGUGGGACUGAUAUUGCAGCGUUUGAAAUGAAACGAAAAUCAGUUUGGUCAGUGAACUUGAAUACCCGAGGGUCGUUUACAAAACGUAAAUCAGUCUGGUCAGUGAACUCGAAUACCCGAGAGUCGUUUAGAAAACGUUCAACAAAGCAGGGAAACGAGAUCGCUGCAAUUGGGCAAAAGUUGAUCGAAGUUGAGCACACUGAAAUGGGAAAUUCAAGUCGGGAUGUUUACACUUAUUACAUACGUGCCACUGGAUACCUCAUGAUUUGUGGAAUAAUAUUUUCAAACUGUUUUUUGCAAGUGUUUUCUUUUGCUUCAAGUAUGUGGCUGAUAGAAUGGACCAGUGACCCAAAUAUUACUACUUCAGAUGGUAUUCAAAAUACUAGUAAAACGGAUUUUUAUCUUUGGAUUUAUAUUUCGUUGGGAUUUAGUAAAAGCGUUACAGAGUUUUUGGCAGAUGUGGCUAUUCGAGUUGGGUGUUGUAUUAGUGCCAAAGUCUUACAUAAUUCAUUGCUGCACAACUUUCUUAGAUUGCCACUUUCAUUCAUGGAUGUGACACCCAGUGGCCGUAUUUUAUCCAGGUUUUCAAGCGAUAUCGAUGUGGUGGAUGGUUCUUUUCCUGAUCUACUCAGUGAAGUGUUUUUCUGCAAUGGUGACCUGAUAUGCAACCUAUUCAUUAUCAGCUGCUGUACACCGAUUUUUGUUACCGUCAUUUUACCCAUCACUGUACUUUAUUGUCUCGUUCAACGAUUUUAUGUGGCUACGUCGAGACAACUGAAACGAUUAGAAUCGAUAUCACGAUCCCCCAUGUAUUCGCAUUUUGUUGAAACCGUUGUUGGUGCGCAGUCAAUUCGAUCUUACGGUCUUACAGAAAAAUUCAUCAAGCAGUCGCAAGAAAAAUUGGACCAUAAUCAUAGAAGUUAUUACCUGAAUCUUAUUUCAAAUAGAUGGCUUUCGGUUCGCGCAGAAAGUAUUAGCAAUCUGAUUCUAUUUUUCGCGGCUUUGUUUUCUGUAUUAGAAAGAGAUUCUAUUAGUGCCGGAAUUGUUGGUUUAUCCGUAGGAUACACUUUUCAAAUUACUCAGACCCUGAGUUGGUCAAUAUUUAAAAUUUCUAAUACCGAGACCAGCAUUGUUUCUGUGGAAAGGAUUAAAGAAUACAGUGAAAAGCCACAAGAAGCAGCUUGGAACGUCCCUAAUGAAUCAAUGCCAAAAAAUUGGCCUUUAAAAGGAGAUAUAGAUUUUCUAGAUUUCAAAGUCAGAUACCGAGAAGGUUUGGAAUUGGUUUUGAAAGGUAUUACUUUCUCCGUACGUGAUGGCCAAAAGGUUGGUAUCGUUGGCAGAACUGGUGCUGGAAAGUCAUCGUUGUCUUUGAGCUUAUUCAGAAUUCUGGAAUCUGCCGGCGGUAAAAUUUUGAUCGAUGGUAUUGACAUUGCUACUCUCGGAUUACAUACUCUUCGUUCUAGACUAACUAUUAUCCCGCAGGAUUCAGUUCUUUUUGCUGGCUCAUUACGAAUGAAUUUAGAUCCUUUCGGUGAUCAUUCCGAUGACGAAAUAUGGCGCGCGUUGGAAUUAGCUCAUCUAAAGUCUUAUAUUUCGAGUCUAAACGAUGCACUACGAUUCGAAAUCGCCGAAGGAGGUGAAAACGUCAGCGGUGGCCAGAGACAGCUGAUUUGUUUGGCGAGAGCUUUAUUGCGUAAAACGAAGAUUCUAAUUUUGGAUGAAGCAACAGCUGUUGUUGAUUUAGAGACUGAUGAUUUAAUUCAAAACACAAUUCGAAACGAAUUUGUCGACUGUACUGUGUUGACGAUUGCUCAUCGAUUGAAUACCAUAAUGGAUUAUGAUAAAAUCAUUGUUCUUGACAGAGGAUAUUUGGUGGAAUAUGAUUCUCCGGAAGCUUUGUUACAAAAGAAGACCUCGAUAUUCUACGCAAUGGCUGUUGAUGCCGGUUUAGUAUGAAAAUUCGAAGUUGGGUGUUGAUGUUCCAAUCGAUUUAGUUUAAAUGAACGCUCAUAAUGCGUUCUUCAAUCAAUACUGUCUUCUUAGUGUCUUUUGACAGAGGAUAUUUGGUGGAAUAUGAUUCUCCGGAAGCUCUGUUACAAAAGAAGACCUCGAUAUUCUACGCAAUGGCUGUUGAUGCCGGUUUAGUAUGAAAAUUCGAAGUUGGGUGUUGAUGUUCCAAUCGAUUUAGUUUAAAUGAACGCUCAUAAUGCGUUCUUCAAUCAAUACUGUCUUCUUAGUGUCUUUUGAUAUUCAAAAAAAAGAAAGCAAAAAGGAGGCAGGUUGAAGGAAAUUCUCAGAUACCUAAUAUUUGAGAGUUCAGUUUUGUAGGAUUACUUGUUAGUACAGGGUGCCCAGAAAUAUCGAGUACCCCUAAAAAAGUUUUCUACUAAAAUACUUGGGUUGGUCACAGUGAAUGAUAAUAAUGAUAACACAUGAUUGGUUGUUGAACUGGAGAGAUAACAUUCCACCAAUCAUACGCAUCUAUUUCACGUUGCCAACUUAUUUUUUUAAUGAAAAACUUUCUUAGGGGUACUCGAUAUUUCUGGGCACCCUGUAUUCUCGUUUACUUUACCUAGGUAAACCGUGAUAGAUCUAUCACAAUAAAAAUGGUAGUGUUAUGACUUAUGAAUUUCACUUUUCAUUUACUUUAGCGUCGUUAGGUAAGUACUCAUUAGUUCAAACUACUUCGAACUCAUUUUUGAAGUUAGGGGUGGGGGGGGGGGUGUUACAAAAAAAUGUCGAGUUUUUUUCAUUCAAAAAAAAAAAUCAAAAUUUUGUGCCGGUUUGUUAAUAUUUAUUGGCUGUAGCAACCUGUUUCAUACUUAACGUUUUGUGUAAAAUACAUAAUAUAGAAUUCGAAAAUA